UUGAAGUUAUGGGUUUAUAUCUACUAUAUUUGCAAUUUUAAUAAAUUUUUAUAUAUAAAUUUUUACUCUGCGUAUGGGUUUAGUUGAACCCGGUAUUAGCACAAUACAUAGGCCCUUGUGUGCGAUUGACCACUGUAUCAUUGCUCAUGUCUUUAGCUGACUUCUUAUCUUGUAUGUUAUACAUCCUUACAGUAUGGGUUGCUCCCUCAUUUUUGUGCGCAGUGGGUUAUCAAAUGGAAGCCGAGCCACUGUCCAUUUUUGGAACUCACAAACGUGAAAUUGAAAAAGAGGUAACAAAGAAGGUUGAUACAUAUGUGAACAUGCUCAUGCAAAGUGCCCAAGACUGUGAAGGUGAAGGGGUUGACAUUGAAGUCAAAAUUACGGCUGGGACUCCAGUAAGGAAGGUGGUUGUACAAGAGGUUAUAACUAUCGAUGCGGCAUGUGUUGUACUAGAUAGGUACCUCAGGCGGGAUUUGACGUAUUACCUUAAACACAUCCCUUGCAAAGUUGCAUUAAUUAGUGAUAACUUGUUUGUGAAGGUUAUGAGACCUUAUUCCAUAAUUGAUGCGGACAGCAUUGAGAAUAAGUUAUACUUUUCUUUGUCCAAGCAAGUACCCUUGGCACCUCCUCCGACUGAAGAAAACACAGAGCAAUCUGUUAUUUCGAUGAACUACUCAGGUUCUGUGGAAAGCUCCGAAAUUGCAAACAAUGAAAUGGUGACAUACAAACAACCGGAGAAUAGCACUUCACUCGAAGAUUUUAGUGCCAAUCCUAUGCAAGAAAGAUCAGGUAGGUCUGCCAGAGAGGACUUGAAGCAUUCAAUUCCUCCUGUUAUUCAGAAAGAACGAAAACCACCUACAUCAAGGAAAUCCUCUAAUACUCCAUUUCUUUGUAUUGCUUGUGGAGCAAAGACAGAACUAUAUAUCAAGGAUUCAAUGAGAUUCAGUUUCUCAGAGAUACAGCUGGCAACAGAUUAUUUUUCGAAGGAUAAUUUGCUUGGAGAAGGUGGAUAUGGUCGUGUAUAUAAAGGUCGGUUAAAAGACGGUCAGGUCAUUGCUGCAAAGGUGCGGAAGGAAGCAAGUACACAAGGCUUUUCCGAGUUUCAUUCUGAAGUUUAUGUUUUGAGCUUUGCACGUCACAGAAACAUUGUUAUGCUUUUGGGUUAUUGCUGCAAGGAAAAUGUUAACAUCUUGGUCUAUGAAUACAUCUGCAAUAAUUCUCUUGAGUGGCACUUAUUUGAGAAUACAGAAAAUGUCCUUGAGUGGCACUGCAGAUAUGCUAUUGCCAUCGGCACUGCAAAGGGCUUGCGUUUUCUGCAUGAAGAAUGUCGUGGAGGUCCAAUUAUUCAUCGUGACCUGAGGCCUAGCAAUAUACUGCUCACUCAUGACUUUGUUCCCAUGAUAGGUGACUUUGGCCUGGCUAAGUGGAAGACAGACGAGGAUAAGAUUUACACGAGGAUACUUGGCUCGUUGGGAUAUCUGGCUCCUGAAUAUGCUGAAAAUGGCGUUGUGUCUGUAAGAACUGAUGUCUAUUCAUUUGGCAUUGUUCUUAUACAAUUAAUUUCAGGACGCAAAGCCGUAGAUUCAGUGAGAGAGGGCCAUCACUCCCUUAGACAAUGGGCAAUUCCACUCAUUAAAAGGCUUGCAUUGCAUGAGCUCAUCGAUCCUCGCAUAGGUGACUCUUAUGACACAUAUGAAGUGUACCACAUGGCUAGAACAGCAUUCAUGUGUGUGCAGAACGACCCUGAACUGCGCCCAUCAAUGGGAGAGGUCUUGCGUCUUCUUCAAGGGGAGUUGGAGCAUCUCCACCAGAUCGUGGAGCAGUUCAUUCCACAUUUUAUUAGUAAAUAGAAAUGUGAUCAGCCAUGUUAUGUUUAAUUUGUCGCUACACUGUCUUGGAAUGUUUUACAUUUCUGUGCACGGGGUAGGAAAAAGAGCUAAUAAUAACACAUGCAAUACUUUUUAACAGUUCAUCUAGUACAAACUCGGGUUUAUCUUGUAUACUCUCGUAUAUUGAAGAUGUUAGUUUGCAGGGGCGGAGCUACAAGCUUGAAUACG